AUGAUAAAUAAUACUUUAUUUAAUCGUGUUUAUCUUCUAUUCAUCUUAUUAAAUACUCAAUGUUUAACUUUAAAACUUCGUUCUAUUCAAUUAAAUAUGUAUAUGACAACAUCAUUUGAUUUUUGUAUGCGUUAUUUAACAAGAAAUUCUAUGACUGGUUGUUCAUCACAUAAAUCAGGUAAUCGUGGUCGAUUAAUUGAUAUUUCAUCAUUAAAUCAACUUCUAUCAUAUAAAUAUUCAUAUCCAAUUAUUGUUCUUGUACCUUCAAGAAAAGAUAUACUUGAUUUUGCUAUAUUUCAUGCUCCAAUGAUUGUUGGUAUACUUAUUGAUGGAAAAAUUAUGAAUACAACUAAUAAUCAUCAUUUUACAGAAGUGAAUAAUUGUCCAGAAAAUUUAAUUGAUUUAUCAAUAUCAACAAAUUGUUCAAUAAGAAAAAAUAAAUAUGGUAUUGAUUUUCGUGGAAUAUCUAUUGAUAAACCAAUAUUUUUAUUAACUAAUCAAACAAUAGUUGAUGAUUUAAGAAAAAUUAGUUAUUUAUAUAAUCAACAACAAAUAUCUAAAGGAAAAUAUAUUAAUGUACAUAUGAAAUCCUAUGCAUAUGGUAUUAAAAAUGCUCAAAUUUGUAAUCGUCGAUCAAAAUCAACUUAUUUUGGUGAGGCAUAUUUUAAACAUUAUUCUAUUAAAUGUCGAAGUCCAAUGAUAAAUAUUGUUUGGAGUAUAUUCAAUGCAAUUUCAAUAAAAAAUACUCGUCCUCCAAAAUCUGUUAUUAUAUUUUAUACUAAAUUUGAUUUCUUUUCUAUUUUUCAACCAACAAAUGCUGGUGCUCAAUCAACAGCAUUUGGUGUAGUUACAUUAUUUGGUUUAGCUUGGCUAUUAGGUAGAAUUAAUCUAAGUCAAUUAUUAAUUUCAAAUAAUAAUAAUAAAGAUAUUGUUUUUUUGUUUAUUAAUGGUGAAAAUUGGAAUUAUUAUGGAACAUUAGAAUUAAGUAAAAUUAUUUUAGAAAAACGAUUUCCAUAUAAAAUAGAUAAAUCAUCUAAUGAAGAUAAUUUACAUCCUAUUGAAUCUGAACAUAUUGAUAUUAUGAUUAAUAUUGAUCAAUUAGGUAUUAAUCAUAAUCAUACAUAUAUUUUGUAUGAUAAUACUCAUCCAUUUCUUGAAAAAUUCAAAGAAGUUUCUUCAACUUCAAUUACGUUUGAACAAAUAUCCAAUAGACUCAAUUCUUUGAAUGAUUUUCGUUUAUUAAAUAUUAGUACAUUGGCAAUUUUAACAAAUGCUUAUGAAAAUAUGAAUCCAUUCUAUAAUAGUUAUCAAGAUACUUUAAUACAUAUAAAAGAUUAUUCAUCUAUCGAAUAUCAUAUAUAUAUAUUAUUAAAAACUAUAUGUAGUUAUUUUAAUUUACUAAUAUGUGUAAAUGAGUUAUCAAUAGAUAUAAAACAAAUUUUAAAUGAUCGAAUUCAAGCAUUAUUUGAUUGUUUUCUUCGAUCGAAUUGUUCUAAUCUAAUAUUGAAAACAAAUGAAACAAGUAUAUUUUAUUUUAAAGAAAUUUUAAAUAAUAUGAAAGAAAAAUUUUCAUUUCUACAACCUGUUUUACAUCAAUCGGAUGUUAAAAAAUAUAUAAAUAAUCAUUUUUUUGAUGCAUCAUCUUAUAUUCAUGAUAUUUUAUUAAAUUGGAUAGCAAUACGUACGACUAAUAUAAGUGAAAUUCUAUGUAAUGAAAUAGGAGAUAUUUUUCAAUAUAAAAUUUAUCAAAAAUCAACAGAAACAUGUUUAUAUGGUUCAGUUAAUUCAAUUAAUUUAAUACGAAAUAUUGAUGAAUUAAUUGAUGAUCGAAUAAUUUUUACAUCAAAUUAUGAUGAACCUGAAUUACUUGUCUAUAUGAUAGAUGAAACUAAAAAAGAUAUUAUUAUGCUUAUAUGUGGUAUUAUACUUUUCAUAUGUGGAUUUAUUCUAACAUAUUUUCUUAAAAAUUUAUUAUCUGUCAUAGUAAAUAAUGAAGAUACUUUUUGA